CGGCGGUCGGAGCCGGGGUCCCGCGGGCGGCGGCGGCGAUGGGGGCGCCGACCCGGCGGCCCGCGAGGUGCGCUGCAGCGACUGCAUCGUGUGGAACCGGCAGCAGACGUGGCUGUGCGUGGUGCCCCUCUUCAUCGGCUUCGUGGGCUUGGGGCUCAGCCUGAUGCUGCUCAAGUGGAUCGUGGUGGGCUCCGUCAAGGAGUACGUGCCCACCGAGCUGAUGGAUUCCAAAGGCAUCGAGCAGGACCCCUUCUUCCUCUCCAAGCAGCCCACCACGCCGCCCAAAAGCGUGGACACCACCACCACCAGCACGGCCACUACCACCACGUCGAGGACACCCAAUCGGAUAAGUACCCGCCUCACCACCAUGACCAAGGCGCCCACCCGCUUCCCGGGCACCCGGGGCCCGAUCCGCGCCGGCCUGCCGAGAUCCACCACGGCGCGCCACACGGUCGCGCCCCCGACCGUCCUUGCCACCACCACCACCGCUGUCCCUUUCAGCACCACCAUCCUGAUUUCCCGCCCUGCGCCUGGCACCCCUGGGACCCAGCCUCUGCCCAUCUGGCCCACUGCGGCAUACACUACCUCCUCCUACAAGACCUAUCUUCAGGACUCUGCUCCGUCCUGGACCUUAUCCCCCUUCCAAGAGGCCAGCACCACCACCACGCCAGAGGCCAACACCAGCCCCAAAUACCAUACCACAACAUACUCCACUGAACAAUCUGAGCACUUUAAGCCAUGCAAAGAUAAGGAUCUUGCAUACUGUCUCAACGAUGGGGAAUGUUUUGUCAUUGAAACCCUGACAGGCUCCCACAAACACUGCCGGUGCAAAGAGGGCUACCAAGGAGUCCGCUGUGACCAAUUUUUGCCGAAAACCGACUCAAUCUUGUCAGAUCCAACUCACCAUUUAGGAAUUGAAUUCAUGGAGAGCGAAGAGGUUUACCAGCGACAAGUGCUGUCUAUUUCCUGUAUCGUCUUUGGCAUAGUCAUAGUGGGCAUGAUCUGUGCAGCGUUCUACUUCAAAACAAAAAAGCAAACAAAACUUAUUCAGGAACAGCUGAAAGAGACACGAAAUGGGAAAACCUACAGCCUUAAUGCUUCUAGCAUGAUGGCAAAAUCAGAGACCAGGGCCGAAAGCCGAGUCCAGCUGCAAAAUUAUUCAAAGGCAAACAGACAUCCAGAGCCAGUGAUGGAAAAAAUGAUGGAAUCUAGCUUUUCAGGAACUCAGUCCUUUCCGGAAGCCUUGUCUCCUGACAGAGGUAGCCAGGCUAUGAAGCCACACAGAAGUCUCUCUUCAUGCUGCAGCCCAGGUCAACGAACCGGGAUGCUCCACAGGAAUGCCUUUCGGAGGACUCCUCCCUUACCUCGGGGCAGGUUCAAUGGGAUCACAGGACCAGCAUACCAACAACUAGAAGAGUCAAGGAUCACAGAUCAGGAGACAAUACCUUGUCAAAGGUUAUCUACUGGUUUAAAAACACCACAGAAUACUUCAAUAAAUAUGCAACUGCCUUCAAGAGAGACAAGCUCUUAUUUUAAUAGCGUGGCUCCAAAGGAUAUGGUUGGCUAUCCAUCUCCACGGGCCAGUUCCGUCCCCAUCAUUCCUUCGGUGGGCUUAGACGAAGCCUGCAUGCAGACACAAAACGUUUCAGACAUAACAGGCAUCAAAUGGUGCAAAAACUCCUAUUCCACUGAACUUGUUAAUGUGAGUGCCCCAGCCAGCAGUUGUCUUAUUGCAGAACAACAAGAAGUCAAAAUAUUGUUAGAAACUGUCCAGGAGCAGAUCCGAAUCCUGACUGACACAAGGAGGUCGGAGGACUUUGCGCUGUCAAAUGCCGACGCCAAGAACAGUACAAGUGAAAACACAGCAUUUCUGCCCAUGAGUCCUGUGGUGAAAUCGGAACAAGAGGCACAGUUUGUCUUAAAAAGUGAAAUGAAAAGAGACUCAGCAUCAGUCAAGUGACUUUGACCGGGGGUGGGGGUAGGGGGGUGGGAGGGAUGUACGGAUCUGUGCAUUUGAAGCUUUGCUAAACAGGAAAGAGAGGAAAUUAAAUACAAAUUAUUUAUAUGCAUUAAUUUAAGAGCAUCUACUUAGAAGAAACCAAAUAGUCUAUCGCCCUCAUAACAGUGUUUUUUAACAAAAUAUUUUUUUAAGGGAAAGAGAGGUACCAGGAGGGAAAACACUUAAUCAGAAAUUUUGAUUAUUUUUUUUCUUCCUUUCUUCCAGUUUUCUCCCACCCCUUAUUCUGUUGUUUCCUCCGGGCUUACAAAACACAGUUUCACAAUUUUACAGAUGUCCUGUUUGAAGGUUUAGUCUGGCACAACACCUUAGAUGUAUGAAUUUCAGAAGAGUGCAACAUGAGAACUGUUGUUGGGCAUUUUACCAGCACAUCUUCCACUGAAAUGAAUGGGAGCAAGAGCACAGCUACUGUUCUUAUUUCGCUGUUUCAGUGGGGCUCGCUUGGGUGACACUGGCAUUGUGCCCAGUGCCAAUGCUCCCCCAUGCCUCCUAACCACAAUUCCUUUUGAGUAGUCUGGCUCCCACAGCCUCCACAAUUCAGACCACUGUUUAACACAAGAGUUUUGUCACUGAUCCAGAUUUGUAAAACAAAUCCAAAUGAGCCGUACCAAAAUAUCACUGGAAAUGAAAUCCAACGUCAGUUUGGCCAUUCGUUCCACAAGCAAAACUGAAUGAAGUCAUAGCAGCUUUGGCAGGACUGCAGGAGGGUGUUGUAAGGGAGAAAGGGAUUUGAAAAUUUAGGUCCUCCUCCAGUGAUGAUUUGCAGGAAUCCAAAAUGGUUUGGUAAGUCUAGUAACAUUUCUCAGGAGAGUUUAAGCAUAUCCCUAAUGCAAAUAUGUAACUCUCCUGCAAAAACUAGAAUGUGUGACAUCAAGACUUAAAAUCUAGCACUUCAGCAAGUGUGGAUGCUUUAUGGUAUUUUAUUUUUUAUUUUUUAAUACCAGGAGGUUUGAUCCAAAUGAGCACUACUCUAGUAGGUAAAUCUAAGGCUGUUUUCUUCUCACUUCAGCACUCGCUAUCAACGACUUUUAUUUGGAAACAAUUUCCUCCCCCUCUUAAUAUCAAACCAGAAAAAAAUUCUACUUGAGAGGAAGGUUACUCAUGGCAGAUACGCAGCCUGUGUGUAUAUUACCUAUUUCAUUUUAUUUUCAAACAACACAACAAAAGCCCACACCUUAAACCACAUUACGUUUGCCAUGGAAUUUCGAGUAUUGUCAGAAUGUUAUUCUUGGAAGUCAUUUGUGAACUCCAGAGGGACUGCUCAAGUAUGUGCAUACGUGUGCGUUUUAAUUUUAUUAACUCCUUGUCCAGGGGCCUGGAGGAUCUUGUGCGUUUCUGUAUUCGGCAUAUAUAUAUGCGAUUGUCACUUUAAUUUACUUCCAUGUCUAAUAUUCCCAUUCACUUUCAACCUGAUCCAUAACCAAGUGAAGCAUCUUCACUGGACAUGAUCCAAAGUUCCUUUGGGCCCCUCGGAAAGGAAAUGCUCAGUUUGUGUAUGUUAAUUUCCCAUUGUCCAUGUGUAGAGCAGCAUUGGAUGAUAAAAACAGAAAAUUCAGCUCUCUGGCACUUCCUGCUUUUCCGUAUCAUCCUUAGCAAAAGCUACACAUCUCAUUGUAUGGGACAUGUGCCAGUUUUCCUUCAGGGGUUACAUGGAAAUGGGAAGUAUAAGUCUUGUUCUCCCUGCAAAUUGUAAAGGCCAGAGCUGUCCUUAGGUUUUCAACCUUAAAACCUGGAUCACACAAUCCUAAGUAUAGGGAGACCCCUGAAUUUGAAUGGACACAUUAGCAGCAAUCUGUCCUCAGAUGCUUCUUUUACACAUCGUGCAAUCCACUGAGCCAAAGUGGUUUUAGAAAAAUAUUCAUUGAUAUUAAUGGAGAUCUGGGUGAGCACAAAAUCAGGUCCUUAAAAAUAAGAUAAACUUGCCAGUUGGGGUUUUCCUAAGAACUUGAAAUUUCUUUUGUAUUGUUUUUAUUUAACCACAAACCACAAUAUGGCAUCAGAAUAAAGAACUUGUGUUCAGUAACAACCUAUGUAUUAGUACUUUUUUAUUUUUUAAACAAGAGUAUCAUCUGCUUAAACUGUUUCGUACAAAUUACUCUCUAUAGUAAAGAAAAGGAAAAAAAUAGACCAAACAGCCUUCCCUCUUUAAUGGUAGAGAUCAUAUUUUCUAAACUAUAUGCACACUAUAUAGAUGGAAUACAUUAAUACUCUAAUCCACAGCCAGAAUAUUGUUAUAAAAAAUUGCAUUACCUUGAUUCCCAAGUUUUCUCAAGAGCCAGGUUUCCAAAAUAGGGCAGUAGAUAUGUUCCUGUGAUAAUGAGAAGAAAGCAAUAUUUUACUCCCCGUCAAAUGAACUGGAUAAAGAUGCUUUAAAAAUGCCAUUUGUUUUACUUGCCAUUCACAAAUCCCCGACACCAUUCAAAAUCCGUAGACACACAAAUCCUCCCCCCCCCAAUGUUGAUGGAAUUGUCUUGUUUACAUAACUUUCUAUAGCUCUAAUCUUUGCUGUGUGUUUUCACUAAAGCGGUAUUUCACUGCAAACUCUGACUGAUCUGAUCCAGAAUGGUAACACCAAUUAUACUUUUCCACCAAUGUCAGAAGUUCUCAUAAGAUUGGAUAAAAGGGGUUGGGGUUGGGGUGCUACCCAGAAUCAUAGGAAAAGACAAUGAACACAGAGUUGGCUGUUUUGCUGGCGUGGGGAGCAAACAAAGAACCUCCCCUUCUAACCAGUCUUAAAAAUCUACUGGAAACACACUGCAUGAUUUCUGCUGGAGAGAGAAAAAAAACAAAUCUGAUUUUGGCAAUGCCUUUCUUAAAGCAUUCUAUCAUUUUGCCAUCCUCAAAAGGAGGAAGAGCAGAGCAGCAAUGUAUUAAUGGUCAGUUGAUGUGGUUUCUUGGUUUCUUUUUUUAAUUGACAUGAGAGAUGAAGAUCUGAAACGGUGGGAAAUCUUCCAUUUGUGUUAGCAAUGCUCUCUGUAUCCAGCAAAGGAUGUGUGACUGUUAUAUGUUAACUGUUCUAUUCAGUUUUCAGCAUGUUUGAAUAGAGAGACAUUAAUAUUAACCAUCUGAAAGACUAGUGUACUUAUUUGUUAAGAAUACAACUUCAUCUCACAAAUUCGAUGCAGGGGAG